ACAAGCCGCCAUUUUGUUUGUUCGGACAGACCGUCAGAAACGGAGGAGAUAACCGAGAGAAGGAGCCACUCCGGAGGAAAGAGUGGCCAAAACCAGUCCUCAUUUCCAAGAGAGAAAGCAUCACCUGAACGAUAAGAAGUCAGUCGAGGGAAGACCGAGUCGGUGAUAAAUAAAUAUAUAUGUAUACAUUUAUCCAUCCAUAUAUAUAUAUAUAUAUAUUUAUAUAUAUAUAUAUGAAUGCAUGAGAAGGAAAGACUCGGAGUAAUUCAAGGAAGGGGGUGUUUUGCGGAGCGCCGUCGGAGGAGAGGCGGAAGAGGGCUCUACAUUACCACAACGAGGAAAAACCUGCGAAAAGGGGGGGUGGGAAACAUCAACAUGAAAAAUCAUUAUGUGUCCAUCGCGGAGGAAGGAAAGAAUCCGCAUAGACAAUUAUAUAAAUAAAUUGCUGCCGGGCAGAAGGGAGAGGUGGAAAGAAAGACUGGUCAAAAGAGAAGAGGGAAAUUGCCAGGAUAAACGCGAAGGGGGGGGGGGCAUUCUCCAUCACAAAGAGUCAAUGAGAGGAUUUUGUCAGCCCAAAAAUAUUUUAAGGGGGUGUCAAUAUUAGUGUGCCGAUCAGAAGCUUUCCGCGAAAUAGCCAUAAUUUCUUCGCGACCCACCGUCAUUUUUUUUAAAUCCCAUUUUCGCCUGUGGCUCUUUGGCUGUGGUCCGACGGUGUCCGUGUGUCUUUUCUUUUGCUCUUCGCCGGCAUGGCCAAGACACCGCACAACCACUGAGUAACGGGUGUCUUUUUGUUGUUGUCGUUGGAAUAUGCAUCUUUCUUUUCCUUAUCUGAGAUUUCAAGUGCUUCAACCGAGCGAACACCGGGGGAGGAACCUCGCGCGGAGCGCAAGAUAAGUAACCUCUGCAAAAUCAAACUAAUUGGAUCAAUCUGACUGUCUGCUGAUUGCCAAUUGACGCCGUGAUUGCCCCCCAGAACUGUACCGUAAACCAAGCCGGCAUCAUAAUCGAUUGCAGAGUUUUUUGAUAAAGACUUUUUUUCAUCUAUUUACAACCUUUUCCAAUCAUCGCCGAACGCGAGCGGCGAACUCGCGCGGAAACCGGCCGCAAACAACCGAAUGUGCAAAUACGAGUGUGUCUCUUUCUGACCCAGUGCCUUGCGUGGUUGAACACUCAAAGUGCACAUUUUAGUCAAGCAUGCACGUGCAACCGAGUAGUCAUGCAUGGAAACACACAUCCGCAGUGUACGACCCUUUAAUUUGAGUAAACUGCGAGUGUGAGACUGGAUCCGGUGCUUUUCAUCUUUCAGCAGGACUGCUACGCCAAUGAAGUUGUUUCCCCCCCCUGUGGGUAUUGAAUCUGAAAGUACAACCCACGCUUUAAUCGUAUUGAGAACCACUACCGGUAGUCUCCUAUCACCCGACGACCGCCUCCUCGGUGUGGCAACGCGAAUGGACUCCGUGGGGUCGACAUCAGUGAGAUGUCUAUUCAGGUGAGGGAAAUGGUGAAAGCAACCGAGGCUCUCGUAACUGUUGCAUGAGAGAAAGGCCUCCAGGAGUUAACCCCGGGGAUCUACAUUCACAGUUAUCAUAUUCCUUGCCCCUGACCCGAGACUCCCCACCGGAUCGCUUUCAGACUUGAAAUACGGGAUUUUUCUCCGCCGGCUAUGGCGGACAGGACCGAGUGCAGCACGGAGGACGGAUCUCGGGACAAUUCUCGUGUCGCAGACGAGGCUGCAUGAGGUUGUCAGAGGGCCGCACGCUUGCCCCUUUUGCCGACUCCACCUUCCCACCUCCUCCUGUUCAAAUCUGAGAAGAAAUUCCAUCUGCGGCAGGGGAGGGGGGCUGAUAUCCACAGAGGGGAAUAAACCCAGAGAGAGAGGGAGAACUCCGAGGGAAGGAGUCCAGCAUUGCUCUCUUCUCCCCUACCGUCCCCCAAGCGGUGGGGGAACGACCAGAAGUGUUUUUAAAAGGGAUCCGGAGACGCGAGUAAAGGAAAUACGUUUUCCUUUCGUGGAAUCUACUUUUUAUUUUUUCGGUAAUUAGUCAAAAAUAUGGCCGAUAAUGUCCUGGAGUCCGGCCCGCCUUCAGCCAAGAGGCCCAAGCUGUCCUCCCCGGCUCUCUCCGUGUCUGCCAGUGAUGGGAAUGAUUUUGGUUCGCUCUUUGACCUGGAACAAGACCUCCCAGAUGAACUCAUCAAUUCCUCGGACCUGGGUCUGACCAACGGAGGGGAUGUCAGCCAGCUCCAUACCAGUCUGGGUGGACUCGGGAGAGGGCUUGCUUUGGGAGGCCAGGAUGCCGCCACGAAACACAAACAGCUGUCCGAGCUCUUGCGAGCUGGAGCACCAGGACAUCAGGGUGGUCCAAAUUCUAACAGCACGGCACCCGGGGCUUCCAUGGGGAUGAUGGGGGGUGUCGGCGCCUCCCAUGGUGGACCUCAGGGCCAGCAGCCGCAGCAAGCUGGAUUAAUGCAGCAGAUUGGGAUGGUUGGAGGGGCGGGAGCCCUCAAUCGGGCAGCUGCCAUGAUGGGUGCCCAGAAGGGUAACACUGGACAGCAGCAAGGCCUGAUGGGAGGCCAGGUGAUGAAUGGCUCGCCAAGAAUGGGUUACCCUGGCAGUGCAGGCAUGGGUAACAGUAGUAAUAUGUUGGCGGAAACCCUACAGCACCAGAGCAGUCAGCAAAUGGGGCACGGGGGUCCGGCAGGAAUGAGACCGCAACAGCCCGGAGGACUGAACAAGAUGAGUAUGAUGGCCAACGCGGGCCCCUAUGGCGGUCCGUAUGGCCAGUCGGGUCAGGGGCUCCCAGGAGCAGGGCUGGGCCCACAGCUCCAGAACAAGGUGGGCCUGCCCAACACCAUGGCCUCCCCGUUCAGCAUGGACAAGAAGGCCCCGCCGGGUCAGGGCAUGCCUGGAAUGCAGCAGCAGCAGCCUGGACCAGUCGGCGGUGUCUCCGGCAGCGGAGUGGCGGCAGUGGGAGGCGCCCAGGUUGGGCUCAGUGCUGUCGGGGCUGGUCCCGGCACAGCGCCCCCCACAGCAGACCCCGAGAAACGUAAGCUGAUUCAACAGCAGUUGGUCCUUUUGCUCCACGCGCACAAGUGCCAGCGGCGGGAGCAGGCCAAUGGGGAAGUGCGGCAGUGCAACCUGCCCCACUGCCGCACCAUGAAGAACGUGCUCAACCACAUGACUCAUUGCCAAGCUGGCAAGUCCUGCCAGGUGGCACACUGUGCCUCAUCCAGACAGAUCAUCUCUCAUUGGAAGAAUUGCACACGACAUGACUGUCCUGUAUGCCUGCCACUGAAAAACGCUGGAGACAAGCGGAAUCAGCAGUCUCUUGUUAACAGUGCAGGAGUUGGCUUGGUGAACUCUUUAGGCUCAGGGGUUCCUGGUGGACCGUCCAACACGCCAAACUUGAACCCUCCCAACCAGAUUGACCCCAGCUCCAUAGAAAGGGCCUAUGCUGCACUAGGCCUCACUUACCAGGGCAACGCAAUACCACAACAGCCAUCACAGGCCAACAUGUCCAGCCAGGGGCUGCAGGGUCAGCCUGGAAUGAGGAAUCUAAACACCAUGGGUGGAAACUCUAUGGGAGUGAAUGGUGGAGUGGGAGUGCAAUCGCCCAACCAGCAGUCCAGUCUACUGCCAAACGCCCUGUUGCACGGCAACAUGAAUGCACAGAGUUUACUGAAUGAUGGACUAGGGAACCUAGGCUCCAUGCCCACUGCAACUCCACCUUCUGCUGCUGGCAUGAGGAAGUCUUGGCAUGAAGACAUUACGCAGGAUCUCCGCAACCACCUUGUCCACAAGCUUGUGCAGGCCAUCUUCCCCACUCCUGAUCCAGCGGCUCUGAAGGACCGGCGGAUGGAGAAUCUGGUGGCCUACGCUCGAAAAGUAGAGGGAGACAUGUACGAGUCGGCCAACAGUAGGGCGGAAUACUACCAUCUGCUGGCAGAGAAGAUCUACAAGAUCCAAAAGGAGCUGGAGGAGAAGAGAAGGACACGACUCCAGAAGCAGGGCAUCAUGCCUGGCCAAGGUGGCAUGGGCUCCCCAGGCCCCCCGCAGGUGCCUCCCAGCAUGGGACAGCUGUCCAUGACUCCUGGGCAACCCCCAAAUGGUCCUCACGCUGAUCCGUCCAUGGUCAGACCGUCUGGACCCAAUCAGAUGGUCAACAGGAUGCAGAACCCACCAGGAAUGAAUCAGUUUGCUCAGAUGGGGAUGCAGUCGAUGGGUCAGAGGUCUCCUCUUCCUAAUAAUUCGCCAAUGAAUCAGAUGGGUAUGGGAGCGGCAAGGAUGGGUCAGCCUAAUGCAACACAGCUACAGAACCAGUACUUCCCUUCGGGACAGUUUCCUGCAUCGAGUCCUGGACAUGGCUCCAGUCCUAUUGGCAUGAAUCAACAAGGAGCACAGACUGCUGUGCCUCCGAAACAAAUGUCGACGCCGCCUUCGCUCCCAGCCAGCAGCCCAGCAGCACAGUCCGCCUCUUCUGCUCCAGGCUCCGCUACGGCUGUCGGCCCCAUGGGUUCUGUUAGUGCCAGUGGUGCUGGGUCUCUACCAAACAUGCCUCCAUCCUCGGCCUCCACCCAGAACAACUCCUACCCUCACUGCCCACCCAUCCGAACAAACUCCCCAUCACCGGCACGCAGCUUAACGCCUCAACCGCAUCAAACACCCCCAACAUUACCUCGAUCUCAGACACCACAGCCACAGACUCCCAGCACGCAGCAGCAACAGCAACAGAAACAACUACAGCAGCAACACCACCAACAGCAGCUACAACAACAACAACACCACCACCAACAGCAGCUACAACAGCAACAAGCGUCGCAGCAGCAGCAGCAGCAGCAGCAGCAGCAGCAGCAACAACAGGCAUUGCAACAGCAGCAACAGGCAUUGCAACAACAACAGGCUUCACAACAACAACAACAACAGCAGCAUCAGCAUCUACAGCAGCAGGCUUUACAACAACAACAACAGCAGCAGCAGCAGCAGCAGCAACAAGCUUUACAACAACAGGCUUCAAAACAACAACAGCAGCAACAACAUGCUUUACAACAACAGCAGCAGCAACAACAUGCUUUACAACAACAACAGCAGCAGCAACAACAUGCUUUACAACAACAGCAGCAGCAACAACAUGCUUUACAACAACAACAGCAGCAGCAACAACAUGCUUUACAACAACAUCAGCAACAGCAACAGGCUUUACAACAACAGGCUUCAAAACAACAACAACAGCAGCAACAAGCUUUACAACAACAACCACCACAACAACAAGCUUCACAGCAGCAGCAAUCAGGGCAAGAGGUGAACUCUGAGAAGGCUAUGCAGCUACCACAGCAGACGCUCGGCAGUUCGGCAUCCUCGGGCCUUCAGGGAGGUCAUGGUUCUUCGAAGCCUACCCAGAAUGCUCAUGUGCCAUCGCAACGGCCGCAGACCCCACUGUCACCGAAGCCUUCUCUGACAGCAGAUGGUCCGGUGUCCUCUCCCAGCUCAGUCAGCAGCAGCGCCAAUCCCAGCUCCCAGCUAACCCAGGUGGACGGCCCUGCUCCCAGCCAGGAAGACUCCAAUGUGGAGGUGAAGAAGCAGGAAGAUGAGGACGAAGGAGCUGACACUGAAGGAGAGGGCAAGGGGAAGAUGGGCAAGGGUCAGCAUGACGUGAAGACAGAGGAGAAACCAGAGAUAAAGAAAGAGAAGCCGUCAGGAGACGGGUGUAAAGGUGAGCCUAUGGAUACGUCUUCAUUCUCGGCUUCAUCGUCGGUAGCAACGGGGGAAGAAAAGAAGCCGGAUGUGAAGCAAGAGCCCGAAGAGGAUGGGGCAGGAUCAGCAUCCAACAGCAGCUCCCCAGCCAGCGCUCAGAGCAAGAAGAAAAUCUUUAAGCCGGAGGAGCUGCGUCAGGCUCUGAUGCCCACCCUGGAAGCUUUGUACCGGCAGGACCCAGAGUCCCUUCCCUUCCGUCAGCCGGUGGACCCCCAGUUACUGGGAAUACCCGUACGUAUUCGAACUAGUAACAAAACUAACCUGCAGGACUACUUUGACAUAGUGAAGAACCCCAUGGACCUGUCGACCAUCAAGCGGAAGCUGGACACGGGACAGUACCAAGAGCCCUGGCAGUACGUGGAGGAUAUCUGGCUGAUGUUUAACAAUGCCUGGCUGUACAACCGCAAGACGUCCCGCGUCUACAAGUACUGCUCCAAGCUGGCAGAGGUGUUUGAGUCGGAGAUUGACCCCGUCAUGCAGGGCCUGGGAUACUGUUGUGGGAGGAAGUUUGAGUUUUCCCCGCAAACUUUGUGCUGCUAUGGAAAACAAUUAUGCACCAUCCAACGUGACGCUGCCUAUUUUAGCUACCAGAACAGGUACCACUUCUGUGAGAAGUGUUUCAACGAAAUCCAGAGCGAGAGUGUUUCCUUGGGGGACGACCCCUCGCAGCCUCAGACGUCCAUCAACAAAGACCAGUUUCAACGAAAGAAGAACGACACACUCGACCCAGAGUUACUUGUGGAAUGUGGUGACUGCGGUCGUAAAAUGCACCAGAUCUGUGUCUUGCAUCAUGAUACCAUAUGGCCGUUAGGCUUUGUUUGUGACAACUGCCUCAAGAAGGCUAACAAGACGCGGAAAGAGAACAAAUACGCAUCCAAAAGACUUCCUCAUACCAAGUUGGGGUGCUAUUUGGAGACGCGAGUCAACGAUUACAUCAAGCGGCAGAACAUCCCGGAUUCUGGCGACGUCACCAUCCGCGUGGUCCAUGUGUCAGACAAGGUGGUCGAGGUCAAGCCGGGCAUGAAGUCCAGGUUUGUUGAUAGUGGAGAGAUGUGUGCCUCCUUCCCCUACCGGAUGAAAGCCCUGUUCGCUUUCGAGGACAUCGACGGAGCGGAUGUGUGUUUUUUUGGCAUGCACGUUCAAGAGUACGGCUCGGACUGCCCGCCGCCCAAUCAGAGACGAGUGUACAUCUCUUACUUGGACAGCGUACACUUCUUCCAACCACGACAAAUCAGAACUGGAGUCUACCACGAGAUCCUGAUCGGUUACCUGGAGUAUGUCAGGAGGCAGGGAUACACAACGGGUCAUAUCUGGGCCUGUCCACCCAGUGAAGGGGAUGAUUACAUCUUCCAUUGUCACCCAAUGGAUCAGAAGAUCCCCAAGCCUAAACGAUUGCAGGAAUGGUACAAGAAGAUGCUGGACAAGGCGGUUGCUGAGCGCAUUGUCCACGAUUACAAGGACGUCUUCAAGCAAGCCACAGAGGACCGGCUGACCAGUGCCAAGGAGCUGCCAUACUUCGAGGGCGACUUCUGGCCCAACGUGCUGGAGGAGAGCAUCAAGGAGCUGGAGCAGGAGGAGGAGGAGCGGAAAAGGGAGGAGAACAGCACCUCCAAUGAGAGCACAGAUAUCACAAAAGGUGACAGCAAGAAUGCCAAAAAAAAGAACAAUAAAAAGACAAGCAAGAACAAGAGCAGCAUGAGCCGAGCCAAUAAGAAGAAACCAGGGAUGCCCAAUGUUUCCAAUGACCUUUCCCAGAAACUCUACGCCACCAUGGAGAAACAUAAGGAGGUCUUCUUUGUCAUCCGACUCAUCGCUGGCCCCACCGCCAACUCGCUGCCCCCCAUCACUGACCCAGACCCUCUCAUGGCCUGUGACCUGAUGGACGGACGAGAUGCCUUCUUAACUCUGGCCAGAGACAAGCAUCUGGAGUUCAGCUCUCUCAGGAGGUCCAAGUGGAGCUCCAUGUGUAUGUUGGUGGAGCUGCACAACCAGAGUCAGGACCGCUUUGUCUACACCUGCAAUGAGUGUAAACACCAUGUGGAGACCCGCUUCCACUGCACUGUGUGUGAGGACUAUGACUUGUGCAUCACCUGUUACAACACUAAAGGUCAUGAGCACAAGAUGGAUAAGCUGGGGCUCGGACUGGACGACGACAGCAACAACCAGGCGGCGGCAGCCACCCAGAGCCCUGGAGAUUCUCGCCGCCUCAGCAUCCAACGUUGCAUCCAGUCACUGGUCCACGCCUGCCAGUGUCGCAACGCCAACUGCUCCCUGCCGUCCUGCCAGAAGAUGAAGCGUGUUGUUCAGCACACCAAAGGCUGCAAGCGCAAGACAAAUGGCGGCUGUCCUAUCUGCAAGCAGCUCAUUGCUCUAUGCUGCUACCAUGCCAAACACUGUCAGGAGAACAAAUGUCCCGUCCCGUUCUGCCUGAACAUCAAGCAGAAGCUCCGGCAGCAGCAGCUGCAGCACCGCCUCCAGCAGGCCCAGAUGUUAAGAAGGAGGAUGGCCAGCAUGCAGAGGGUGGGGCAGCCAGCUGUAGGGCCGCCAGGGGGAAAUAUGGUAGGACUUCCUUCGCCAGGGAACAAUGUUACCACAGCACCCAGUACCCCAACAUCUGGUGGAACACAGCCCCCAACACCCCAGACACCCACGCAGACCAUGCCUUCAGGCGCACAGCAAGGAAUGUGUCCUGGACCUGGGGUUCAGCAGCAGCAGCAGCAACAUCAACCGCAGCAAGGUGGAAUGCCUCCACAAAGUGGCAUGACUUCUCAACACCCUCUUCACCACCAGUUCCCGCAGAUGGCGGUUGGAGGAGGCGGGCCUGGGGGGAUGAUGGGUUCUCCACAACAUCAGCAGCAGAUGCUUUCUCAGGUCCAGCAGCAUAGUGGAGCAGGGUCCAAGCCUCAACAGCUCCAACAGCACCCCAACAAUUUGCCUCAAUAUGCCAACAGACCCCCGGGCUCAUCGCCAAUACAUCAAUCCCAGGGCAAACCAAUCCAUGGCUCUGCAACGCCUCCCCAACAGCAGCUUGGUGGCGCUGUCAUGGCUGGAAAUGUUGGUGGCCAGCAACCUCCUGGCCAGUCCCAGGGCCAGCCUUCCCUGCCACAGCAUCAACAACAGCCCCCUUCUGGUCCGCCACCAGCAGCAGUAGAAAUUGCCAUGAAGAUCCAACAGGUAGCCGAUGCUCAGAGGAAGAUGGGUCUGCAAAGACAAGCAGCUGCGGGCUUGAUGCCUCUUCACCCUCAUCAUCAACAGGGUCAGGGUCAACAGAUGGGCAUGGGACACCCAGGGGCCGGAGGGAUGGUUGGAAACCAGGGUAUGACACCACAGAGCCAAGCAGCAGCAGUUCGGGCCCACAUGGAUCAACAACAAAGUGCUCCACCAGGUAUGAUGGUUGCUGCUGGUGGCCCCAUACAGCAACCCUCUCAGCAGGGUCAGCUGCCCCCUCAGGUACAGCUUCAACAGCAGCGGAUGGGUGCUGCACAUCAAAACCUACAACAGCAGCAGUGGGCUGGCCAGGGGAUGCCACCUCAGCAGAGGCAAGCUAUGAUGAACCAAAUGAGCCAUCCAGCCAUGGUGGCAGCUCAGCAGCAGCAGCAGCAACAGCAGCAACAGCAGCAACAGCAGCAACAGCAGCAACAGCAGCAGCAACAGCAGCAACAGCAGCAACAGCAGCAACAGCAGCAACAGCAGCAGCAGCAGCAACAACAGCAGCAACAGCAACAACAGCAGCAGCAGCAACAACAGCAACAACAGCAGCAGCAACAACAGCAGCAGCAGCAGCAGCAGGCUCAGAACCACGCUGCCUUGAUGAAUAUGGCACAGCAACAAGGUGCUGGUGGUGGGAUCCCUGGGGGAGUCCCAGGAGCUGGUAUUGCAGGUGGGAACAUCCCACAGGCUGCUCUUCAGGAGCUUUUAAGAACUCUCCGGUCGCCCAGCUCACCACUCCAGCAGCAGCAAGUCCUCAACAUCUUGCGGUCAAACCCACAGCUCAUGGCUGCUUUUAUCAAGCAACGGGCCUCAAAAUAUAAGGGAGCCCAGGGGGGGGCAGGUGGAGUCCCUGGACUUCCUGGUUCCACGGGAGGUGCUGUUGCAAAUGCUCUGGCUGGAGGAGGCCCACAGAUGAACAUGAAUACUGCAGGUGGUGGCCAACCAGGGAUGCAUAUGGGGGGUCAGGGAGGGGCAAAUGUUAAAAUGGCAACCAUGGCCCAGCUACAGCAGCAGCAACAACAGCUACAGCAGCAACAACAACAGCAACAACAGCUACAGCAGCUACAGCAGCAGCAGCAGUUACAACAACAGCAGUUACAGCAGCAGCAGCAGAGGCCGAUGCUCACCGGCUUGCAACAGCAGCAAGUGGCAGCUCUCCAACAACAACAGAUGCAACAACAACAACAACAACAGCAGGUGCAACAACAACAGCAAGGUGGCGUAAGAGGUGUACAGGGCCAGGGGUCACAGAUGGGGAAUCUCAACAGUCCCCAGUUCAGAGACCUGCUCAUGAGACGACAUCUCCAGCAGCAGCAGCAGCAGCAACAGCAGCAUCAACAAAUGGGAGUAAAUCACGUUCAGUUCCAGCAACCACAGCUAACACAGGGGCAGGGCUACAUGGCACAGCCAGGGAUGCAGCCUCCCUCAGUGGGACAGGGCCCACCUGGAGGUCUGCCUCUUGGCCCUCCGCAGCCUGGUGGUCCCCCAGGCCAGCAGGGCCAAGGUUACCCAGGGUCGGUGGCCCAACAGCAGGCAGCAAUCCAGCAGAGGCUCCAGCACCAUCUUCAGAUGCAGCAGCAGAAUACCAUGGCUGGCCUGCCAGGGGGUGAUGCUGGGCCAGGCGGAGGGGGUGUAGGAGGUCCUCAGCAGCCACCUCAGGGCCCUCAGCCCACUCAAAGUGGACCCCAACCUCAGGCCAUGCUCCAACAGGCCCUCCACCAGAGGCUGCUCCAGCAGCAACAGCAACAGCAACAACAACACCAGCAUCAUCAUCAGCAGCAGCAGCAGCAGCAGCAGCAGCAUCAGCAUCUGGGCCCUGGGGGUUCACCAGCCCAGCACAGCAAUCCCAUGAGCCCGCAGCAGAUGGCACAAUCCCCACACCUGCAGGGCCAGGCGCUGUCCACAUCGCUGGCCAACCAGGUGCGAUCCCCACAGCCUUCACCCAGACCCCAGUCCCAGCCGCCACACUCCAGCCCCUCCCCGCGCAUGCAGCCCCAGCCCUCUCCACAUCACAUCUCCCCCCAGAUGCAGACGGGGUCCCCACACCCAGGCCACCUAAACCAGCACCACCCGGGCAUGGUAGUUCCUCAACAACAGCAGCCAACGACCCAGCAGCAACAGAACUCUAUGGAGCAGUUUGGGUCGGACCCGAGCGCCAUGCUGUCCCAGCUGAGUGGCAUGGCAGGUCUACAUGGGCCGGGGGGCAACGGUCAGGACCAGUUGAGCCAGAAUAUGAAUCACAAUCCUUUAGACAUCAUGUAGGAAUUCUACUUAGCGUGUUGAGUGGAGCUGAAAGGCUCAGUGAUUCUUCACACGAACUGCACUCACCCAGGACAGUGUUAUUGUUAUUACUUAGCCUUUCUUUUUUAUACCAUUAUUAAAUGUUAUUUAAAAUGUUUUCAAUAAAGAUGCAUUGAACUGAACUUCCUAUGGGAGAUGAACAAUAAAUCAAGCAGUCCUUAAAUAAAUUAGAAUAAAUUAAAUGUAAGUUAUUGCUGUUAAUAUAUUUUUUUUUUGCCAAUUGUGGACAUAGGGGGGCGGUUUCACUCCCUCACCUCCACCUCUCGCUGAAUACUACGAAGGUGAUAUUUUUGGGGGGUAAAUAGGAGUUCUUGCCUUUUUUUUUAAGAAAUGUUUUUAGGAAUAAAAAAGUGGUCAUGGAUUAAAGUGGAAAUGAUUUAAUGCAAAUAACUAUUGUUUCCCCGUGAGUCAGUAAAUAUUUUUAUUUGGCAAAUUAAUGUGGAUUAUUAUUAAUGUAAAUCCAAACAUGAUGCAUAUCCUUAUGGGUUUUUUUGUUAAAUGUUUGGGUUUACUUAUUUAUUUUCUCUUGGGGGGGGGGGGGGUUUAUGUGCACCGAGACUGCUAUAAUUCGUAUAGAAAUAUAUUUUUGUUAUUGACUGGGGUAGUGAAUAUUUCAUUUCACGUUAGAUGUCUUUAGUUGGGUCCGUCCAGGUGGGAACAAUGAAUUGUCAGUAUUGUAUUGCAGUGGUUGGGGCUCUGCUGUGAAUUGAGAUGUUGAACGGACUUAUUGUGACGCCAUGGCCAGCUUCUGAAUCGGACGUGGACCAUGCUGGAAGGGACUCCUCCCUCGCUAACGUGCUAGCCCUCUCCCUCGAAUGUGUGUGCACUCCUUCCUUUAAAGACACUUCAUAUGGAGCAGUGGAGGCUUGGGGAGGGGGAAUGCAUACCUGUGUGCCUGAAACAUUUAGAGUACAUGGGCUGGGAUGUGAAGAAAAUGGGUUGGAUGGGCUCCUUUUUAGUGUUUUUAGGAUUCUUCUGUUUUGGAGUAAACAGAGGAUUUUGAUCCAAAUGAACUGUGUUGCACAGAAAUUAGGAGAAAAGUAGGAGCUGUGAGCACUCCGUCUCUUUCUGCCUCGUCUCCUUUGCUGCUCUCCUUGGACUUUAUAUCCUCCCUACUCUUCUCCUGGGAGAAGUUUCUCCAUCCUCUUUCUGCAUAAACUUUGGGAUUUUAAUUUAAUAUUUUUUACUGUACAAAGGAAACACAAACUGUGGACUCAUACUGUUUUUUUUAAAGGUUUUUUUAUAAUAAAAUAAAUUACGAACAGCAAGGAGUCCUGCAUGUUGAGUAUUUGAUGAAUGACUAGUACAACUAGUUUUAUAGAGACCAUGGCUCUGCAUUUCCAAGACCUAAAUUCUGGCUCACUUUUAAUUUAGCUCCAUCACCAUGGAAACCUAUGCUGCACACAUAAGGGACACCCAUAUUGAACAAUAAGGGGAUGAGUAAAAAUGACUUUCUGCGCACGUCUCCACGCAGGGUUUCAAAUACUAACAAACGUAGGGCUAGUUUACCAAAGGGUCCUGUUGAUGGCUUAAUGCCUUGUAAAUUAUGUUUGUUAGUGUGAAACCCUCCCUCGCAAUACCACCACUUUAAUCCAGACAU